ACCUAUCGUCACCUUUCUCCUCCGAUCGAAUGGCGCAAGAUGACUGCAGUGCUCUCAAACAUGCUGAUAAGCCAAAGGAGCAGUUUGGCAUAGGGACAGGCACCCGUCGAUAUGGCCUAAAAUCCCCCCCGCCUACAGAAUCACGUUCACAACCACCAUUGUUCCAGCCGUGGAGAGGCAGCCCCCCGAGCCCGAGGUCCGCAAGAGCAAGAAACCAGCUAAAUUGGGCCUAUGCUGGGCCUGGAAUGCAAGCAGUCUUCCUGGGCUCUAGCCCAAGAGGUUGCGGCACCGGCGUUUUUCUUCCACGCAAAGUCGACUCCGACGUGCAAUCCACCAAUAUGUCUCCAGUGUUGCUGCCUUUACGAGUGGUUCAAAUCCUCAACCUUAACGUGCACAAACUUGGCCAGCUCCAGCAGACUAAUAAGCCUCAAACAAAUGGAACGAGGAAGAAAAUAGAAGAGAAGUCGAAGAAGAAAGAAGUGGAGAUGAAGUUGAUCUAGCUUUCUUGAUUGAUUGAUUGAUUGAAGCUAUUUUUGUUCACAGCUCUGUACAUAUUGUUUUGUUUUUGCUGCUGAGCAUAUCCAUCGUUAUGUGUAAAUUUAAAUAAAGUAGCCAUCAGAACUACAUGCUUUGAUCAUU